AUGCCCCUCGAGAGGUUCUGCGGUCGCACAACUCCAUGUGCUAUCUGUAGAUUUCUUCAGCUUGCAGGAAUUAAUAGCCCAGUUCUGCGACCGCACAUUGCUGAAAGUCCUGUUGGGUUUUUCUUCUUGGUUUGCGGCCAUAGAUGGAAUUCCGCGGUCCACAAUUUCUUCCACGGCCGCAGAAUUCCUUCUGCAGACCACAUAUUUGACACGGUGCGGAACGGUCGUGCCAAACAUGUUACUGUUGGAGAUGAUGGGGUUUUGCGGAUGCAGGGUGGGAUUUGUAUGCCCAACAUGGAUGGGCUUCAUAUUCUUCACCGUGCUAAUCUUCUGUGUUCAAAACCUGUUUCCACUCCCAUUUCUCCUAAAAACUCAUUACAUACUACUGAUUCUCCUCCUUUUUCUGAUCCUACACUUUAUCGUAGUCUUGUUGGUGGACUUCAAUACUUAAAAUUUACUUGUCCUGAUAUUGCUUUUGCGGUCAAUCAAGUUUCCCAGUUCAUGCACCCACCGUUGGUUGCUCACUACACUGUUGUAAAACAUAUAUUACGGUAUUUAAAUAACUCCCUAUCUCAUGGGUUAUUUAUCAGUGGUGGAUCUGUUGACCAUCUUGAAUGCUAUAGUGAUGCAAAUUGGGCAGGUUGUCCAUCAACUCGAUGUUCUACCUCAGCAUUCUGUCUUUUUCUUGGGCCUAAUCUUGUUUCUCGGUCAUCUAAGAAACAAAAUGUUGUUUCUCGAUCCAGUGCUGAAGCUGAGUAUCGCUCAGUUGCUCAUGUUGCUGCUGAAGUUACUUGGAUGUGUUCGCUUCUUUGA